AUUUUCAGGAAUGGUUGACUUGAAACAACAGUUGGAUAUGUUAGACUAUCUUGGACCAAUUGCAGUGUGGAUUUCCUUCUUCUCCAUAAUAUUUAUAAUCUCGGUAACGUGUAUUUUGUGGUGUUGUGUGUCUGAAACGGAUGACAAAACUGUUUUUGCUAAGUGGGGCAUGGGACCAAGGCAUCAACUAAACGUCGCACAGCAAAAAUAUGAUUCAACUUCGACCCAUAAAGCUUUAUGAAAUAUAAAUGCAUUGGAUUAGUUGAAUCUCACUAUUGCAUUUGAUUUAUUUUAACUUUUCCUGCUGAAUAUUGAUUUUUAUGAUUGACGUUUCUUUGUGUUACCGUAAAUUGCGGAAAAAAAUAACUUAAUGAACGGUCGGAGUGAUAUAGUUUAG